AUGUCUGUUCCGCAAGGGCUGAAGGUGAUGCCAUCAUCAUCUUCGUCUAUACCAUCUCUUUCCACAGGGGGCCCUUUGGAGCUGCCAGCGUCGUCAAUCUCCCAGGACGACCUCUGGGAUUCCCUUGAGCAAAAGCGAAAGGACCAAUUAUCCCUUUUCUCGGAAAUUGAGAAAGCCCCCAUGUCGAUCGGGAAAGACAUACUGGAGUUAAGACGACAGGAGCGGAUGCGUCUCCCUGGCGGCUUACAGGCAGAUCACUUGGUUGAUAUGUUGGCGGACUCGCAUGGACCUGAGCGGCUAGUGGAUAUCGCACGGGAUAUCCGGGAAAAGGGCCUCUCCUCGGAGUUUGACACCGAAACAAAGACCCUUUUGACCUUAAAACGCGAGGGAGUGACCGAGGCCCUAUUAAGGAAGGAUUGGGGGGCGAUCUUAAUCUGUAUUUACUUUCAUGAUGCUAUUUGUUUGCUUUCAACAAAGGCUGAAUGGAGCAUGGACAAUAAACUUGCCCGUAAGUUCAAAUUUGAUAAAGUGUAUGAGGUGGCCGCAUCAGGCUUUGUGGGUGGCCUCCCUGAACAACCCCUGUCGAGCUUAAAGAGCUCAAGAUGCAACUUGAAGAACUCCUUUAAUCGCUCAAGUGCCUCUCAAUGGGGCACUCGUGAUCCUUUACCAGGAAAAGGGGAUGGAACCCGGAGCCUUUUGUAG